GUGGCCUGGAGCGCGUCCGCUUUGAGGGCGCGGGAGCCCUACGGAGCGCCGACGAGGGCAGGCAGGAGGGUGGGAAAGCCGGCAGGAGCGGAGGGCGGUGCCGAAGGAGGGCGGUGCGUGGCUGACUCAUCCCUCUGGAAGAUCAAACUGACGGAGACAACCCUAGCCGCCCGCCCGCCCGCGCCGCCCCUCCUCAGCCGGGAGGCGCCCGCCCGCACCGCCCACCCGCCCUCUCCCGGCCCGCAGCCUCACAGAAAGUUUUUCUCGUUGGAGGGACCGGAGCCGCCGCGGGCCUUUCGGAAGGGAAGGGGGACAGAAAAGGAGGCGAUCGACGCGCGGGCCCGGGGAGUGCAUGGUGCCCGGCGCCUCUGCCGCCAGUCGGGAGGACAUUGGGGCGGGGUCCGGCUGAGCCUACCUCCCUCUUCCCCCUGCCUUGCCAGAAAUCGCCCUCCCGGACUGCCGCGGGGGUCCCCGCUCCUCAGCCCGCCAUGUCCCGGCUGUUGCCGCUGCUGAGGAGCCGGACCGCGCGCAGCCUGAGGCCGGGCCCGGUCGCGGUCGCCGCCGCCGCCGCCGCCGCCGCCGCCGCGCCCCGCCCGCCGUCCUGGUGCUGCUGCGGGCGGGGGCUGCUGGCGCUCGCGGCCCCCGGCGGCUUCCGAGGGCUGGGCACCCACCCCAAGAAGGAGCCCAUGGAGGCGCUGAACACGGCGCAGGGCGCGCGCGACUUCAUCUACAGCCUGCACUCCACCGAGAGGAGCUGCCUGCUCAAGGAGCUGCACCGCUUCGAGUCCAUCGCCAUCGCCCAAGCAUGCAGAUAUCCCAAACCCGAGAUUGCCAUUGUGAAGCAAGCGAAGAAGGUAUCAUCAGCAGAGACCCCUGAUAGUUUUGGUAUUUCAAGAUGUUCCAGUCAACUGACAAGGACUUCUCCUCACAGUGUCAGAACUGUAGUGAUGAUGAGAGUAAUGCAACUAGCAAAUAGUUCUGAAAAGUUGGAAGCUCUACCACCCACCCCAGGACAGCUGAGAUAUGUAUUCAUCCACAAUGCGAUACCUUUCAUAGGGUUUGGCUUUUUGGAUAAUGCAAUUAUGAUUGUUGCAGGAACCCAUAUUGAGAUGUCUAUUGGAAUUAUUUUGGGAAUUUCAACUAUGGCAGCUGCUGCUUUGGGAAAUCUUGUGUCAGAUUUAGCUGGACUUGGACUUGCAGGCUACGUUGAAGCUUUGGCUUCCAGAUUAGGCCUGUCAAUUCCGGAUCUUACACCAAAACAAGUGGACAUGUGGCAAACACGUGUUAGUACACAUUUUCCCUAAAAUUCAGUGACUCUCCAAACCAGGAAAGACCAGCAAUGGAGAAGACAAUCAAGAUGUGAUUACAGACUGAGGAAAGCACCUAAUGCCAGAUGCCUGAUGACCUGAGUUGACCAGUGUGCAAACCGAAUACACAUGUUUGGACCUGAAGCUAAAGAGGGGUGUGGGUGAAUUCGGGGCCCAGGAAAGAAAGGAUCCCCCUUUUCUACAGACUAAGGAAAUGAAAGAAUUUAGGUUUGGAGUGGACGUGAGAUCAAACAAAGAGAGUGAUCCCGUAAGUUGGGGCUAAAUUAGAAGAGGGACUUAGAGCCCCAAAAGACAGUGAAGAUGGAGGGCUGUUGCAGUGAGGAUCCCAGACAGGGUAAAGCAAGAUAUCUUUUCUCUUAAGGAGCUUACAGCCAAAUGUGGCGCACAAUGAGGCCAAGCUAGCUACAGGGGAGAGUUUAGGUAAGACAAGCAAAGCAACUUACGGUAUCGCCGACUCUAUUUACCAUCUGCUUGGGAUUUGGUGUAGGAGGCCAGUGUAUUUUAAAAUUAGGAAAAGGAAAAAAAACAUCAAGUCAGAGUAGAGCCUAGAGAUUUGUUUAUGCUUUUUAAUGCCAGAAACUUCAAAUGGCUUUUCUUCUCUGCGGAAGGCAAACCUAUCUGUAGUUUUGCACAGUUGAGAAGACGUGUUUCCGCUAUCCCUCGAAAUCUCACUCCCUGCCUUGCAGCCACAGAAAGAAUCACUAUGGAUCCUCACAUGUGCCAGAGCCUCUCUCACAUCUCUCUGCUUUGCCACAUUAUUCGCUCUGCUUGUGCCUCCUGUCCACAUCUGUCCAGCAACCUCUAUACUUCACCCACUUUGUCUAAAAAUGUGCAGGAGGAGCUUCCACUUGGGGAAGACCUUCUUGACAAUUGUCCCUGUGUGUCACCAAGCAGACUGACCCCACAUGCUCUGGGACACUGUUUUACUUUGUUUUCACCUCUAUUAUUUGGCUAUACAAUUCCUGGGAUGGCUUGUUUCCCCUUUUUUUUUGCUCCUGUUAGGCCAUGGAUUUCUACUAGAGACAGAGAAAUCCUACUGAGAUGGCACAUGAAUAAUGUAUGGCAUUUAUUGCAUGAUUAUAACAUGGCCUAAGAUCAGUGGUUCUCAAAGUUUCGGUUACAUCAAUAGUGCUUGCUAAAAAUGCAUAUUUUCUACCCCCAACCCCAGAGAGUCUCAUUCAUUUGGGGCUGGGGGAUCUGCAUUUUAACACCUAGGUCACCCUAAUGCAGUUGGUCAGCUGACUCUGUUUCACAAAAUACUAGCAUGGUUUCCUCAUGUCUCCUCUGGCCUCUUGCUCCUUAACUCUAGACUGUUUCCCUUCAGGAAGCAGGGGAGCCAGGGACAGUAAUUUGGUGAAACUCAAAUCAGGGGGACACACCUGGGUAAAAUGUUCUGUCCUGAAAGUCAAAGGCACAGACUAAAAUAAUAAUUAUUUGUUGGUGAUGUUUAUCCCCAUUUGCCCUUACUUCCUUUUCCACUGACAGUCCAUGACUGGCCAUAUUUAAAGCUGUGCUGGUUGAUUUUUUGUUUCUUUCAAGGAGCUGUGAAUAACUCCUCAAAGCUAGAAGAAUUCAUGCAUUUGAAAACUGAAUUGUGAUGAGCUUAUCUAUCAAUGGCAUGAUGCUUCCUCAGUCGUUCUGUUCUGAGCAAUAAAUCUAUAAUCAUUGGAAGCAAGAGCCUUUCAUUAUACAUGUUCAUAUAGUUCAGUUCAAAGGCCCAGAUUAUCCAAAUCGACACUAGCAACAACAGCUACCAUUUAUUUACAUUUCAUUUUGUACCAGGGCUGUGCUCAGUGUUUUACAUCCAAUUUAUUUUUUAAUCCUCGUUAACACCUUUGCAGUUAGUUUUACAGAUGAGGAAAGAAGGGGCUCAGAGAAGUUUAAAGAACUUGACCAAGGGGCAGAGCUAGGAUGAAAACGUGUCUGACCACAGCACCUAGAUUUCCAAAUUACACUACAGGCCAUCUCCUUAGAGCACGCUUCUGUGGUCUACAGAUGGUAGACUGGUCCUGGGACACAGGCAGAACUUAGGACCCAGGCUUCCAGACCCCCCAGUAUAAUUUCUUGUUCAUGAUCUUACACAUGGGAAAAAAGAGGAAAGUUGGGACUAUUAGUAAUUAAUUCUGGUGAAAUGAAAAAAAGAGGGAGACCUCUGACUUUCCUGCACUUGUUUAGCUAAUUGGGAAAUUCUUGAUUCUUCUAGAAAUUGUGGUUUCUAGAAAACACUUGCCAAAAGGCUAAAUCAUGCUGUUAUAUGUGGCCUUGGAACAGAUUAUCUGGGCACUGCCCCAUUUCCACCAACUUCUCUUCCCCCAGUUUUGUAGAAAACGCUGACAAUCACAUAAUUCUUGGUCCAUUCUGAAGAUUCUCAAAACCUCGAAAAGCCUUGUUAGACCCGUUCAACCAUUGCAGAGCCUUUUUCACCAACUGGCAAAGGAUAAUAGCUAAGCCACGAGGGCAAUAUUUUAGGCUGAGAGCAGGCUGGUUUUGUGGAAGUCCAGCAGCUUCUGUGAAUAUUAAUCAGAGGCAGAAAGUGGCAUAAGCAGCACCAUGAGCAGCUGGGGCUGACUUGGCGUGGGUGAGAGACCCUACGAAGUGGGACAGAAAACCCUAGCUUGGCAGCAGGCCCCUGAAUUUACUCUCAGCUCUGCCUGUGGCCCCAAGACCUUAGAGGAAGCUCUCAAUCUGUGUGGGUCUGGUUGUUAUUUUAGAUGAUGCUGUUGGUGUAGGUGAGAAUCGAUGAGAGUAUCCUUGAAGGAACUUCCCACACCUCGGCUGUUAGGAGAUUAACCCGUCGUCUGUCUCUACUGGCUAUUUCAUGGUUUUUCUCAACAGACCCUCACAGCUGAUGUGACUGAGAUCACUGCUCACAGCAGGACUGCAGCUGGCCUUGGAACUGAACUGCUGAAUAUUUAUGAUAAUUGAGAGCCUCAGAGAUGAGUCUGAACUUGGCGAUGUUGCCCUUACCACUUGUGUUCUAUUUAGGAACCAACAUAGUUGUCCCGGUUGGAGGUCAUUGUUGCCUAAGUGUGGGGUGUGUUCACUGUGAGGUGAAGGGUGAAUCAGGGUAUUGCCUAGAAAAAUAUUUUUAAUGUAUAAUUAGGUAUUUAUUUUACUGCAUGUUUUUUAAAAAGAUUCAUUUGAAAAAAAUAAGUAAAAAAAGUCAAUUAUAUAAAGCAAAUCAUAAUACGGGUGGUAAAAGAAUAUGACAAAAGUCACGAAAGUGGUACAUGAAUGAUGACAGCUUAGGAUCUCUUCCUGGGAUAGAAACCCAUAACUCCUUCAGCAAAAUUCUUGGGGCCAGAUGUGUUUCAGAAUAUCUCAUGCAUUCUUGUCACACCCAAGGGUAGCUGGAAAGGGACUUUAAAAUACAUUAUUUCCACCGUAAAACAUAUGAAUACUUACUGUAACUAGGAUGAAUAAGGUCUAUAAAUAACAUCACAUCAGUGAGGUCAAGUGUUGCAGCCAAAUGAGUUAUAAAAG